AUGUUAAACAGAAAUCGCGAGGAAGGACACGAAAAUCUAUAUCGCGAUUACUUUGCGGAUAAUUGUGUAUACAGGACGAAGGACUUCAAAAGAAGAUUUCGUUUGAGUAGGGAUGUGUUCUUGCGAAUCGCCAACGCCUUGGAAAGCCGGUACGAAUUUUUUCAAUUAAGAUAUGAUGCUAGAGGUAGACGCGGGUUUACAACUUUGCAAAAAUGUGAUGCGGCCAUUCGUUUGAUGGCUAUGGGGGAGUCACCCGACACCAUGGACGACUAUAUGAGAAUGUCCGAAAGAACCGCAAGAGAGAGUUUGUAUACAUUGUCAAGGGGUGUUGUUGAAACUUUUGGUGACGUGUAUUUGCGGAAACGUUCUUUGCAUGAUUUGCAAGAAUUGUAUGCGGCGCAUGAAGAACGCCAUGGGUUUCCCGGAAUGAUCGGAAAGGCUGUCGCUUCUCAAGAUUUAUGGAUUUGGCAUGCAUUUUUUGGGGUUGCGGGUUCCAACAACGACGUCAACGUUCUUGAUCAGUCGCCAAUAUUCGACGAUCUUUUGAAUGAAAAAGCCUCGGAUGCUCCUUUCACUGUGAAUAGAAACGAAUACAAAUAUGGGUAUUACCUUAGAGAUGAAAUAUAUCCUCAGUAUUCCACAUUCGUGAAGGCAUUCCGCCACCCGGUUGAAGAACGAGACAAAUUUUUUAAGAGAAGACAAGAAGGAACACGUAAGGAUGUGGAACGUGCUUUUGGAGUGCUGAAGGCGAAGUGGCAUACAGUCGAACAUGCAGCACAACCAUUGGAUUUAGAAACUUUACGAUAUAUCAUGUAUGCAUGUAUCAUAAUGCAUAACAUGGUAGUAGAAGAUAAAGGGCGAAAUAUUUCACACUAUAUCCCAACGGAGCCCAGACACGUUCAGUUUCAACCAGGAACAGCAGAUUAUUUGCAUCGUGUUGUUAAUAUUCAGGAUGCAAAUAAACACAGACAACUUCGAGAGGACUUGGCGGAUCAUAUCUUCUAUGGUAACAAUAACGAUAACGAAUAG